UCUCCUCUGUGUGAGCUCCACUGCUCUGCUGAACCUCUCUGCCUCUCUCUCUCUCUUUCUGCUCCCUUUCUUUUCUCCUGUUCAUCUCCGCACAGAGCGGACACAAGAAGCAAUUUCACCAUGUCGGCUAGACACACUUCUGUUAGACAAUACUCCGCUACGUCCAUUGCUGGUCCAAGCCAAACAUCUAUCUCAAGAAGUGUUAAGUUUGGUGGAGGCCAAGGCAGUGGCUUUAGGCAAAGUAGUGGAAGCUAUUCCUUCGGCGCUGGCACUGGCAGUGGCAUUGGCAUUGGCAGUGGCAUUGGCAUUGGCACUGGCUUUGGCACUAGUGGUGGUGUACGCGUUGCCAGAAGCGUCAGUGGCGCCUAUGCCAGCGGUGGUGGAAGACAGAUCGCAAGCGCUGGCUAUGGUGGAGGCUAUAUUGGAGGCUCUGGUGGAGGCCUUGGCCUUGGUGGUCUUGGUAGCCUUGGAGGAGGUGCAGGUGGCUUUGUUCCUCAAGCCAUUACAGCGGUCACCGUCAACCAGAGCCUGUUGGCCCCCCUGAACCUGGAGAUCGACCCCACCAUCCAGACUGUCCGCACCCAGGAGAAGGAACAGAUCAAGACGCUCAACAACCGCUUCGCCUCCUUCAUCGACAAGGUGCGUUUCCUGGAGCAGCAGAACAAAAUGCUGGAGACCAAGUGGAGCCUGCUGCAGGACCAGACCACCACCCGCUCCAACAUCGACGGCAUGUUUGAGGCUUACAUUGCCAACCUGCGCAGACAGCUGGACGGGCUCGGCAAUGAGAAGAUCAAGCUGGAGGGAGAGCUUAAAAACAUGCAGGGCCUGGUGGAAGACUUCAAGAACAAAUAUGAAGAUGAAAUCAACAAGCGUGCUGCUGUGGAGAACGAGUUUGUGCUCCUCAAGAAGGAUGUAGAUGGUGCCUACAUGAACAAGGUUGAGCUGGAGGCCAAGGUUGAUGCCCUUCAGGAUGAGAUUAACUUCCUCAGGGCUGUUUAUGAGGCGGAACUGCUUGAGCUCCAGGGCCAGAUCAAGGACACCUCAGUCAUUGUGGAGAUGGACAACAGCCGUAACCUGGACAUGGACGCCAUCGUGGCUGAAGUGCGCGCUCAGUAUGAGGAAAUCGCCAAAAACAGCCGUGCCGAGGCUGAAUCCUGGUACCAGCAGAAGUACCAGGAGAUGCAGACCUCUGCAGGCCAAUAUGGAGACGACCUUCGCAAUACCAAGGCUGAGAUUGCUGAGCUGAAUCGUAUGAUCAGCCGCAUCCAGAAUGAGAUUGAGGCAGUCAAGGGACAGCGCAACAACCUGGAGGCCCAGAUCGCAGAGGCUGAGGAGCGGGGUGAGCUGGCUGUGAAGGACGCCAAGCUCCGCAUCAAAGACCUGGAGGAGGCCCUGCAGAGAGCCAAGCAGGACAUGGCCCGCCAGGUCCGUGAGUACCAGGAACUCAUGAAUGUCAAGCUGGCCCUGGACAUUGAGAUUGCCACCUACAGGAAACUGCUGGAAGGAGAGGAGACCAGAAUUGCCACUGGUGGUUCAAGUGCCACCAUUCAUGUCCAGAGCUCAAGCGGUGGUGGUGGCGGCGGCGGCGGCAGCGGAAUGUACCUGGGUGGCAGUGGCGGUGGCGGUGGUGGUUUUGGUGGUAUGAACAUGGCCUUCGGUUCAGCAGCCGGCGGCGGCGUCUUGGUCGGAGGUGGUAGCAGAAUGAGCGGUGGCGGCAGCAUUGCCAGCAAGACCAGCUACGGCGUCAGCCGCUCAAUACACUACUAAACACAACAGCCCCACGCCCUACCCCUUCCCUCUUUCCCUCCACCUCAUGUUCCACCCCUCACUCAAGCUUCCCUAGGCUGCACCUCCGCAACCACAGAUUUACAGCAAGCCAAAUUCACCUAUUGCAUUUGUCCUCUUUAAUGUCCACAUGCAGCACACGUCCUCACACUCACAGGACAGACGGACAAUUCAAAGUUUGAAAUCCGAGAACACACAAAGAUUAAAUCUGGCAGAUCGAUGUAAUAGUACAGUUCUCUUUGACAUCUGCUUCUUUCUUUAGCACCAUAUAAGCCCUCUGUGAAUAUAAGAUGAGACAGAGACUUUUAGACCAAAAAUGUUCGGCAGCAGAGAUGUGAGUCUGUUCACACUUCCUCUAAUCAGUCAGCCUGGCUGUCUUCUAGUUGCUGGUUCUCUAUCAUGUAGACAAGAGCAUACUUGUAGUGUCAAGAUGGAGAAUCCUCCCAAGGCAACAAUCAUUACACACACAAUGGCAGCAGCAGUGCACAGAUUUGGAUUAUGGAGCUUCAGAUGCCAUGCUGGUCACUUCAAGUUGAUAACAGAUAUGAAAGACACCCAUAUAAUGUUACAACUAUAACUUUGUCUCCUCUGUUCUGCAAUAAGUGCUCUAUUGUCUGCCAUCUUGUUUAGUGUUUUGACUCCACCAAAAGCAGCCAUACACAACACUCCUACAGUGGCAACCCAUUCUAUGGGAUUUUCCUUUUUGUUUCUACUUCUCUUCUCCCUUUCUAAGGGAAAAAUGGGUUCUCCACUAAGGUUAGGAAGCAGUGUUUAAAUCCUACUUUUCUUUCCUUCUUAUUCUGAACAACAAAUGGAAAAGGCUGACUUGUACUAUCAGAUUUGUUGAAAGUGAUUGAAUGUGUACCACCAAACAAUCCUAAAUAAAUCUGAGUUCUAUAUUCAUGAUGGU